GCUUAUUAAGAUGCUGACAAAGCCGGUCGCCGUGCUGGUGGGUUGGGUCGGGUUUCUCUUCAUGCUGCAGACGACCCCAGCCGCAACAUCGAGUAAGCACAUGCACACGUUGAUGGACGUGUUUCGGGACAUACGCUUCGAUCUGGCGAAGGAACCGCUUUACCUGAGCCGAGCACGGGCCGGCAUGCAAGCUCAGUUUCGGGAUCCUCUCAUGAAGCACGCGCAGCAGCUCCCGGAAAGCGCUGAGCUGUCCUCGCAGUGCCUGAAACGGAUGGUCGCUGAGGUGGGCGAUCUCGAUGAGUUGUUUUACGCUACGUUCGGGUACGGCUGCCAGGAGCACGACCAAUACUCGUUGGAAUGUCUGGAGGCCGCUGAACCGGACUUUUUGAGUGGACUUCAAGCGCUGGUCAGAGAGACACAGAAAUGUUGGGUGAAAACGAAGGGUGGAAAUAAAUAAAUCCUUCUGAAAGCCACAGAAUCAUUCCCUGCACUUGUCGUCGAAUAAACUGAAAUAUCUACGAUUUAUCUAUACUGGGUUUAGUGGCGUAUAAAAUUAAAGU